CCCGCGCCCGGCCCGCGCCCAUGCAGGCCAUCAAGUGCGUGGUGGUCGGCGACGGCGCCGUGGGGAAGACGUGCCUCCUCAUCAGCUACACCACCAACGCCUUCCCCGGGGAAUACAUCCCCACCGUGUUCGACAACUACUCGGCCAACGUCAUGGUGGACGGCAAGCCCGUGAACCUGGGGCUGUGGGACACGGCGGGCCAGGAGGACUACGAUCGGCUGCGGCCACUGUCCUACCCGCAGACUGACGUUUUCCUGAUCUGCUUCUCCCUGGUAAGCCCCGCGUCCUUCGAGAACGUCCGAGCCAAGUGGUACCCCGAGGUGCGCCACCACUGCCCGCACACGCCCAUCCUCCUGGUGGGCACCAAGCUGGACCUCCGCGACGACAAGGACACGGUGGAGCGGCUGCGGGACAAGAAGCUGACGCCCAUCACCUACCCGCAGGGCCUGGCCAUGGCGCGUGAGAUUGGCUCGGUCAAGUACCUCGAGUGCUCAGCGCUGACGCAGCGCGGCCUGAAGACCGUGUUCGACGAGGCCAUCCGGGCCGUGCUCUGCCCGCCGCCCGUUAAGAAGCCGGGCAAGAAGUGCGCCCUCUUCUAGGCUGCUCUGGGCCAGCUGUCCUCCGUCUGAACGUCCACCCACCCAGCUGCCCGUCUGUCCGUCCGUCUGUCAGUCUCUGUGCUGUGCUGUGUGUGUGCCCGACCCGCGGGAGGGAAUAGGGGGUGUAGCAUGGGGCAGACUGGGGUGUGGGGUCCCGUCCGCGGGUCCCCUCUGGGGGCUCAGCUCCAGAUGCAUCUGGGCUGUGAGCCCCGUGGGGUGUCCCAUGUUUUAUAUAAUAAAUUUUCUCCACCACGUU